AUGGGCCAGACACUCUUAUGCACAGGUGUUUGUGUUGAACACCCCAAUGAGCAAAAUCCCCCAACAAACCAUACUGCAUGCAACAGCAUUCGGGGCCGUCCCAUAGGACCCAUGCCUGGGUCCUAUGGGACAGCCCAGGUCCUAAACGCAUAUAAAUAUGCGUUUAGGACCCAUAUUGGGCGUGCAGGCAGACACACCAACCUGCAGGCGAGUGGCGUGCCUGCCUGCACGCCAUUCUGCAAUGGCGUGCGCUUAUCAACCCCCUUUAGACUGUCUGCGGACGGUCCUCAGGACGUCAAGCCCCCUAAUUUUUUUUCCCCCGUUUUUUUGGAGUCGGUCCUCCAAACCCUUCGAUUGGUUUGGGAGUCGACUCCCUAA